GUGGCGCUCAGGUGGUCACGUAAUUUCCUCGUCGUCAUCGCCGUGCGACGUUUUCCCAGGCCGCAAGUGGUCGAACAGGGCUCAGCUUGUGUGAAAGAGAUGGCACCCUCACCCACAAAGCGGAAGGAGGAAGAAAAAACAAAAGACAGAGGCAAAGAAAAGCUUGGAACAAAGGAAGGAGAGAAGGAGAGAGGACGAGAGAAAGACAAAGCGAGGAAACGCCGCAGUGCUUCCACUGGCAGCAGCAGCAGAUCUAGCUCUUCUUCAAGCAGCAGUUCUGGUUCCAGCUCAGGUUCUUCAAGUGGAUCCAGCUCGUCUGGUUCCAGCCGGUCCGGCUCUUCUAGCUCGCGAUCCUCCUCGUCUUCCAGCUCCUCGGGUUCUCCGAGCCCCAGCCGGAGACGCCACGAUAACCGUCGCCGCUCCCGUUCUGUCUCCAAAACACAGAAGACCAGAGAUGACAAGGAACGUCGGAAAAGAAGCCCAACACCCAAGCCAACUAAAGUUUACUUAGGGCGACUCACCAGGAAUGUCACCAAGGAACACAUCCAGGAAAUCUUUUCUACCUAUGGAACAAUCAAAGCGGUCGACAUGCCAAUGGACAGACUCCACCCACACCUGCACAGGGGCUGUGCUUAUGUGGAGUUCGAGACCCCCGAGGAGGCCCAGAAGGCACUCAAACACAUGGAUGGAGGUCAGAUUGAUGGACAAGAAAUCACUGCUUGUGCUGUGCUGCCUCAGCGAGUCCGUCCUCCACCUCGUAGACCAUCUCCGCCUCGCAGAAUGCCCCCACCACCACCCAUGUGGCGUCGCAGCCCACCGCGCAUGAGGAGAAGGUCGCGCUCACCAAGAAGGCGAUCCCCAGCACGCCGCCGCUCUCGCUCCAGAUCUCCCGGUCGCAGGCGUCACCGCUCUCGUUCCAGCUCCAACUCUUCUCGAUAAUUUUUUGAUUCCUCAGUCUUUAUGUGGCCACACCAGAAUUAACUCAUCUGAAUUGUAGCCAACUUCUCUUUGAUAGUGUUCUUUAUGCAAAGUUUCUUUUUUUUUUUCCUUUACAUGUUUUGUGUCCUUUUUUGGAAAGCUAGCCCGAUAAGUUUCAAGUGUGUCUUCUUUUUACACUGUGUUGAAUUUUUAGAC